ACUCUGUUUAAUAUUUUUCCCUGACAUGUUAAUUAGAAUUAUGUUGACAAUGGGUCUUUUUGUUUUUGGGAUUUGAUGGCAGCGAGGAGGAUUUGGGUGGUGAAGCUUCAUUGUGUUUGAUGUUCUUAUUGCCAUGCAUGUCUAAGAUAUGGUGUUUAAGAAGAGGCUAGAUCCUGCAAUUAAUGGCUUCCGGGUCCCCACUAUACCUAGAGCUCCCAGAUCUGUUAGAAGGAGGAGGCCUCUGUGUAAUAAAGUUGAGGAUGGUAGACUCUGUGCAUUUGAAUUAUUGGCUUCUAUAGCUGGCAAGUUAUUGCAAGAAAGCGAAAGUUCUGCUUCUAGCAAUGCGUCGGAAAGAUCUGAUCAUGCCACUGGCAAAAAUGUCAAACAGGAACAUCAAGUUGAGGACAAACCAUUCAAGGAAGGGUGGAUUUAUCAGGGAAGAUGUGGAGACGGUUAUUUUGCCUUUGAGGUGGCGUCGCAAAACAUCUGUCACAAGUCCACCCUGAAGGAAAGUUGUUCACAUGCUGAUAGUGAUGGGAUCUUGGAAUGCAAUUCCAUCAUUAAUAAUUCUGAUUGCUCUCGGAAAGUCAGUGCCAAUGUGUCUGAGUUUGGAACAAAAUAUAGUGAAGUGGAGGGAGGCUCCUCUCAUUUUGGGGAGUCUUUUGACGCUAAUGUAAAUAAUGAAAUCGAAAGACAGCAAGAGGUUCAGGGGUUGGAAACUGAAGGUGCUAAUACAUGUAGUUCAAAGGAUUCAAUGGAAUUGUGUCAGAAACCCACUGCAGUAAUCAAUACUGACAGUAAUGUUGGAUUGCCAUUGUGCGAGGACACUGCAUCAGAUGCUUGUUUUUCCAGGUAUAGGAAUGAUGUUAUGUUAGGUAGUAGAGAUGAUGACGAAAAUUUUUCCAGAUGCUUCAAACCUAGAACCAAGGCAAAGGAUUUUAGGUCUCCAUCACGUAUUGCAGAGCGAAGAAUAAAGAAGUUUCUUACUUCCAGAUACUGGAAAGCAGCUCCAAAGUUGAAGGAUUGUGAACUUUCUAGAUCUGAUGGGGGAUUAAAGCAGUUUUAUCACAAGAGGAAACCCUCCAGGAACCGUGAAAGAUAUCAGCGUGACAUGCUCUUUAAAAAGAGAAAAAUGUUUGACCAAAGCUCAGUAGUGAUUUCUGUUGGUGGGUUCAGUAGUGAAAGUGUUUCUAAUUCAUCCAAGAAAGGCAUGACUGAAGAUAAGGAUGACUCGGCAAUAAUGUUGCAUGGAGCAAAUGGGGUAAAAAAGGUGUCAUCUUCAGUUAUAGGACAUGUGCCCUUCCAUUCUAAGGAUUCUCAUGUGAAGUUUAGCAUUAAGUCCUUCAAGGUGCCUGAACUUCUUAUUGAUGUCCCAGAAACUACCACUGUUGGUUCACUGAAGAGGACUGUUAUGGGGGCAGUAACUUCUGUACUUGGAGGUGGAUUAUGUGUUGAAGUGCUUCUUCAAGGCAAGAAGGUUAGAGAUGAUAACAGGACACUAUUGCAGACCGGAAUCUCUAGUAAAGACAAUCUAGAUUCUCUGGGUUUUGAAUUGGAGCCCAGUAUCGUGCAAACUCCUCCACCUUUGUGCUCUAGCGACUUUCAUCCCAUUUUGUCAUGUGACUCUUCUCCACUUUUAACCAGAUUCCCAGGAAAUACUAUUGUAGAGAUCUGUGAUCCCUUAGUUGACCCUUCGGUAAUGAAUUCGGGAAGCCAUGUUGAGAGUGGUCAUGAGAUAGUUUCCUCCCAUAUUGACACAACUGACAAAAGUAAGCCGGAUUCCCAAGCUCUAGUUGCCCUUCCAGCAAAGAGCAUGGAGGCACUGACUUUAAUUCCCUUGAACCAAAAAACAAGGCAUUCUGAACUUGCACAGCGUCGAACAAGGAGACCAUUCUCUGUUUCAGAAGUAGAAUCAUUGGUGCAUGCAGUGGAGAAACUUGGAACUGGAAGGUGGCGUGAUGUUAAAUUGCGCUCUUUUGAGAAUGCAGACCAUCGAACUUAUGUGGACUUGAAGGACAAAUGGAAAACACUGGUUCACACAGCAAGAAUCUCCCCGCAAUAGAGAAGGGGAGAGCCUGUUCCCCAGGAACUAUUGGAUCGAGUCUUGGCUGCUCAUGCUUACUGGUCUCAACAUCCAUCUAAGCAACAUUGAUUGCAUCAGGCUGGAACCGUGAAGAUCUUGGAAGCCCCAGCCGAUAGACAUGGAGUUGAAGAUAUCUAAAUUGUCAUGAUGUAAAGAAGGAAAGAAAAGAAAUGCUGACAGGAGAACAGAAAACGAAAUUUGUAUAAAUCAUUCGAAUUCAUUGUAAUAUUCUCACACUCACUCAAUUCAUCGUGUGCUUCUCCUUUGUGGAGAGGUUCGCAUUUGUAAAUGAUUAGAUGGAAUCAGGUCACAUUCUAACAGACAUUACAAUGUUGUUUAGUUCAAUUUAUUCAAUUUCAUGAAUAUAUUUUGUGUAAAGUUCAGAGAACAGAAA